AUGUGGUCGCAGACACAGACACAAACACAAUCAUCACAGUCUCAGACGACGCAGGCAUCACAGUCACAGCAUCAGUCCCAGUUCGGCAGCCUCCUUCUUGACCGCAAGGCCAUGGAGCAAGAACGUCUCAAACGUCUUGCCAAACGCCAACGUUCACCCACCGAUGACGGGAACGACGACGACGAUGUGGUCGAGGUCCCUCCGCCCAAGAAGCAAGCCAGAACAGCUCCGGAGCCCAUGAGCAAAACCACCAGCAAAGCAAGACCAACAACAACAGCAGCGUCAGCUCCAACAAGCAACAUCACAAGCAGCAGCACCACCAGAAGCAACUUACCGUACCCAAACGGCACCGUCAAACGGACAUGGUCUCGCGGCUGCCCACGAACAGGCGACGAAAUCACCAUUGAGGAAGUCUUUCAAAAAGACCAGCUGGAGCUCGCCGUGCUGUCGUCUUUCCAGUGGGACGAAGAGUGGAUGAUUUCCAAGCUCGACAUCAGGAGGACCAAGAUACUGCUACUAGCAUUCGCCAAGGACGAAGCUCAGAAGAACCUUAUGCGUGGUAACAUCCCCUCCAACAUCAAGUUCUGCUUCCCGCCGAUGCAUGGCCCUGGAGCGAUGCACUCAAAACUACAGCUGCUCAAGUUUGCGGACCGCCUCCGUGUCGUCAUCCCAACGGGCAACCUUGUGCCGUAUGACUGGGGAGAGACCGGGGUCAUGGAAAACAUGGUAUUUCUAAUUGAUCUCCCAAGACUGGAGGACCCCGCCGUCCAUCCGCCGCAGACGCCGACUGGAUUCUAUACCGAGCUAGUAUACUUCCUUCAGGCAACGGGCGUCGGCGAAAAGAUGGUUGCCAGCCUAUCAAACUACGACUUUUCCAAGACGUCAGAUAUCGCUUUCGUCCAUACCAUACCCGGAAGCCACACGGGAAGAGCAGCAGAACGCACAGGAUAUUGUGGCCUCGGUGCUAGUGUAGCGGCCCUCGGCUUAGCCAAUCCCGAACCUGUCGAAAUCGACCUUGUGGCACGUUUUCCUACAAUAUCCACUGGGAUGGGAUGGAAGGCGAUAUACAAUGCCUGUCGAGGUGAUGACGGCAUCGACGAUUACAACAACUCCGGGGGCGCUAGCUCAAGGUCAAGAACGGCCAGAAAACCGGCAGCGACGACGACGUCCAAGGAGCUCAAAGACCGGUUCCGCAUCUACUUCCCUACGGACCAGACAGUAGCCCGAAGCAGAGGCGGACGCAAUGCGGGAGGCACAAUCUGCGUCCAGGCCAGGUGGUGGCGGUCGCCUAAUUUUCCAAGAGAGCUGGUGCGGGAUGUCAUCACUCGUGACCGGCUCCUCAUCCACAGUAAAGUGAUAUUCGUGCGUCGGGUCGGAGAUGGCCAAGCGACGCGGCAACCGCCAGGCUGGGCCUAUGUAGGGAGCGCAAAUCUUUCCGAGAGCGCCUGGGGCCGGCUAUCCAGAGACAAGUCUACGGGAGGCAUCAAGAUGAAUUGUCGCAACUGGGAGUGCGGAGUGAUCAUCCCGGUACCUGAGUCAAAGGCAAAGACUGUUGACAAGAUACGGGCUAGCGCCGACAUGGCCAUGUUUGCGGGGACGGUUCCUGUUCCAAUGCAAGUUCCCGGGCCUGCGUACGCAUCAAAUGACCAGCCCUGGCUUUAUCCAGGAGCCUGA